GGUACGCAUCAAAAUCAAAUGUUAUUUAAUAUUUUAUUAAGAAAAAAAAAUUAAAAUGUAAAAAACUCCUUUUAUGCACCCAAUGGGGCUCAAUCCGGCGGCCUACGUAGCCUUCCUUUCUCCUCAUCCUGCGGCUCCCAUCGUGCGUUCUGGACUCUUCCAUCGAAACUUUGCAGAGAGUACAAGGAACCCAAGUGAGGAGGAAGAAGAAUAAGCGCCGGGAUUUGGUUCUUAACCCUGCAUUGGAGUUCUUGAACAUUCGAACGACCUCCGAGGUCGAGCGCGGGAGGUUUUCGAACGUUUGAAUUCUCGGACUCAAUCCAUUGGCCCUCUGAAUCUUCGUGAUCUUCGAAGGUUGGUUGGCAGCUUCCGUGUUUCGAGGCGUUCUUCAGGCGCUGCAGUCAUAUCUCGUUGUCUGGGCAAGGGCUCCAAAGCCUAGUAACUGGAGCUGACCUUUUGUCUUGUCAAGUUUUUGCUGUGAGAGAUGUCGUAUCUGUUGCCUCACCUGCACUCUGGAUGGGCCGUGGAUCAAGCCAUCCUAGCUGAGGAAGAACGUCUUGUAGUCAUCCGAUUCGGCCACGACUGGGAUGAAACCUGUAUGCAGAUGGAUGAAGUGCUAGCAUCGGUUGCGGAGACAAUAAAGAACUUUGCUGUGCUAUACUUGGUGGACAUCACAGAGGUUCCUGAUUUCAACACCAUGUAUGAGUUGUAUGAUCCAUCCACAGUCAUGUUUUUCUUUCGAAACAAGCACAUUAUGAUUGACCUUGGCACGGGAAACAACAACAAAAUUAAUUGGGCUCUCAAGGACAAGCAGGAAUUUAUUGACAUUAUUGAGACUGUUUAUCGUGGAGCUAGGAAGGGCCGUGGUCUAGUGAUCGCACCCAAAGACUACUCCACCAAAUACCGUUACUGAGUCCUUAGAAAAGAUGCAUUUGAUUGGAAAUGUUUCCAAUCCUUGAACAUCUUUUGCCGCAAAUGGGUUGGUUAAACUGUACUAUUGGUUUGUAGAUUGAUAUCUCUUGUUCUAUCCCUUUUCCCUGUGUUGGUAAGAAUUAUUGGUUCUUGUCAUAAACUAAACUGCUUCUAUAAUUGAAAUCUGAGUAUUGGGCUUUUCUCCCA